AUGAGGGUGCGGACUACGGAGGUGCCGUGUCGCUCGGGCCCGAGGGAGACGUCCUCGGGCGAGGCCAGGUCGGCGCGCACGCCGCGCCCCGUCAGCGUCCAGCGACACGCGCCCGGCCUGCACACGAGCGGAACUGUUUUGGGAUAUUACUCUUUUCUGCUAUUGGUGAUUUUAUUACGUGAACUCACACUACUGGAGGGCAUGGCUAACUGCGGGGGCUGGAGUGAGGAGCCCGUCUCUAAGGACAAGCAGCGCCCUCCAAUCUACAAUCCCGAGGAUUAUGCAACUUCUUUGAAGAAAUGGGGCAAGAAGACAGGCGGUGCCAGCCUGUACGAUCUGGAGGCUGGACAGGAUGCCAACAAGUCUAGGACACUGCCCAACCAGGGUAGUAAGGACUUCAGAAAUCCGUGCCUGGGUGUGGGAGAAGAGAUGACCCUUCGUCAGUUUGGAACACCCAGUGAGCUGCUGACCAAGCUCAGAGCUGAUCUACGACUGUCUUUUCCAAGUUUCGUCCAAGAGUUCUCAUGCGAGCCACUAGAUGGCGUGACUUUGUUAUUGGAACUCUUGCGCAACGUCCAACUGAGCCAAUCAGGAGAGGGUGCGCGUGGACCGCCCGCUGUGAGGAGAAGACCGCUAUUAGAUGAAUUAGCUUGUUUACAAUGUUUAUGGAGCUGCUGCAGUCGUUACCCAGACUGCGUACGAAGAUUAGUGUCAGGUUCCAAUGGGGUAUACACCCUCACCGUCUGCAUCAUGUCCACUGUCAAUAAAUCCAGGGUUCUGGCGUUGCAGCUCCUAACGAAAGCCUGCUACCCACCAGCAAAAGGCCACAGCAUGGUUUCCGAAGCUCUAUCCACUCUUCGUCUCCGAUAUGGUGAACCAGUUCGCUUCAGGUUCCUAGUGGGGAUGCUGCAGAGUUCUGGUGGUUCUGGUGAUCUUCAGGCAGCUGGUCUCGCCUUCAUCAAUGCCCUGUUGAGCAGUGCUCCAACUCCUCAAAGGAAGCUGUACAUCCAAGCUGAGUUGGAGCAGGCUGGCUUUGAUAUUGUUACUUUGAAAAAGAUGGUAGCCAAGCUGCCGAGUGCGAACGAUCAAGUGACGAGAGAAAUAGAUGAUUACGAGAAGCAACUGAUCGACAUUGACACGUUGAGCGAGAAGGCAAAUGAGGCUCAGAGAGAAAAAGAUGAUUUGAGGCACAAAUUGGACCUGCUUGAGAAGAGAGUCAAGAUUCUUCAAGAAGAAAAAGGGAUCCUGCUGUCUUUAGAAAAAUGUUUAAAGGAGAAGUGUUGUGAACUUCAGGAGGAAGUGUCGUCACUGCGAUCUGAACAUGGCAACUCCAAUAGGAAGAAACCAUUUGCCAUGAAGAAGAAAAGUUCAGUUCAUAGAAAUAAAGACGAGUCAUCGCCUCCUGAAGACGAAGGUAUCAGCUCCUCAGAGAGAUCUCUUAGCCCUGAAGGUGAUCCUCAACGAGACUCCAUGGUCUACGAAGUAUUCAAUGUCAAAAACGAAACCUACGAUCUAAUGCGAAACAAACGUACGUUACACAAGAAACUUGAAUGCAAGAAGAAUGAUAAGAAAUCUUCAGACGAAGAAGAUGAAACCACAAUAGAUGAAGUUAUUCAAGAAUUAAGAAACAUAGUCAAUCAUGCAGAAUCAGAACAAUAUGCUAAAGAUUUUAUUGAUGAUCGGUCAUCUAGAUGUAACCAAACUUCAGAAAUCAACGUCUCUCUAGAAUGCAAGAAGCAUAGGGAUGAAAAAGAAGAUUCUAUUACAAGCACUAGACACAGUAUACAGAUUAAAGGAAAAGAAGAUUUCCCAGAUGAUAGCGUAGAAGAGGAUCAAGAGUCUGAAAUUGUACCAAGCAAAAUAGUCCCGCACCCACCUAGAAAGGCCAAGAGCCUGCUACACUUAUUUGUCCCACCAGUAGUAGACCAAGGUUUGGUCUACAAACCGCCUGAUCUUUACGAUGAUCACUUCUAUUCCAGUGACGAAGGAUCUGACUCUUUACUUAGCGCCUCAAAAUACACUAAGCCAGUAAGCAAGAAACCUUCGGGUUCUAGUUUUGAUUUCCACGAGUGUCGAGCUGUUUUCAAUUCUAUUACAGAUAGGAAUAAAGAUGAAGGUCGACCUAAGCGUUCUAGGACUCGCUCCAGAGAAGAAAGUAGAAGGACAUCUAUUAAACGAAGUGAGUCCUUCCAAACUUCUGAAAAGGGAUCUAGACAGAGGGAAUACAUUGAUAGUAUGUUUUAUGGUGAAUCUCAUACUCCUCACAUGGGUUCAACGAACCCAUUGCAAAGAUCUAAUUCAAAAUGCAGCCGUGUGGACGAAAUAGUGAACCUGAUUGAGUCCAAGAAACUUACUAAAAGUCUUGACAGGAUUGAUGAGGGACUGAACUCGAUGGUAGAUAUUGUAAUGCUGACUGAACCUAGGAAGCCUAUAUGGCCAUAUGAGAGACGACAGAGAUCCUGUUCCAGGACUAGCAGUGAUGGAGGAAACGAGAGUCCCUUGAUCCCAGUCACCAGGUCCAACAGCAAACUUACCAACAUACAUCGUUACGAUACAAAAUCCAAGGACGAUAUUAUGAAAAUGGAAUCAAAGCAAUUUUACAUGACCCAGCCUAAGUUGAACUCUAGCCUUGAGAGCCAAACUGCUUUCAAUAGCUCAACCUUCCUGGUGAAGCGUGGUCAUAGCAACGCUGGCUUUUACUCUGGCCCUCAUAUGCUUAGAGAUGCUCCUGCCAGCAUGACAAGUCUUGUCGUCACUGGUACACACAGCCACGCAGAUUUGAAGAGAACUCUGUCUCCAAUAGGUUCGAACUCGAGCAAAUACGGCGUCCACAAAGUGACAGAUAUGCCUUCUGGGUUGUACUAAUAGGUGCUUCUAUUGUAUGUUUUCGGAACCAACGACUAAUUUUAGUGUUUCGUACCUAAUUAUAUGGAUAGUGCAAUAUAGCCCUCUAGGAUGAAGUUAACAUUUAGUAUAACAUUCAGUUUUUGGUUGAUUUAAAUGGCUGUCAAUAAUUUAUUUACCACAUGGGUUAACGUUAGCAAAUAUAAACUGGGCUAACAUAAUUUGUGAGUAAAACUAGUAACAAUUUACUUAAAUUCUACUUUUCUCUGGAAAAAAUGAAAGCUACUUAAAUGAUUUUGGGAUUUAAAAUAUCACUCAGAAUCUAGUCUGCUGUUAAAUCUAAUAUGUUUUCGACCUGCCAAAACUGAAUGUGUAAGUUCAUCUUUUAAUUUAUUUUUAGUUGUUUAGCGAUUAAUUAAUUAUUAUGUAUCUUGGUAAUUUUGUUUUGUAGCAAAAUUGGCUUAAGAUCACAAUGUCACUGCUGCCAGUUCAUCGUUCGUUAUUUUUAUUUUACUUCUGUUAUCAUUUUGAACUCUUGCAACACCAUACACGAGUUUCGAUGUUAAAUUUGAUAUUUAGAACUACUUGAAUCGAUAUUUCAAAAUGUAUUACCAUCAUUUCAUUUGUCAUGCAUCUUUUAAAUCAAUCAUUAAAUAUAUCUAGUGCAAAUAUGUCUGUAUAUUUGUUUACUACCUACCUUAUUUGAUCGUUGUAAAUAAUUCAAUUAAAUCGUAAUAUUUUCUUGUAUUUACUUUAUUAUUGUAAU